UCCUCGACCUAGUCCUGGACAUAUUCAUACACUCGACAGGUACCUUCAGGACAUCCUGUCACCCUAUUCGACCUCGCGGCGAUCACUCGCUUCCCACUCUUGAUCUCACACGUUCCUGAAUCGACAACAUCAACAUCAUCAUCAUUCACCUACCAUGACGCUUCCUCGUAAUGUUCGCCUCCCCCGACGGAUACGUUUCAGAAACGUAUCUGACUCUGAACCACCUCCAGCAUUGUCAGAAGACGAGGGAGCAGCACCCCCACCUCCAGCAUACGAUGAUCCAUCACACGCCACUUUUCCCCCUAUCGCAUCCUCGCCUAUUCAAUCUGGGCCAAGUCAAAGCUCGCUGCAUCAAUCGCGAUCCACAGAUAGAUUGUCCAUCUCGGCUGCUUCGAGCAUACAUCACCGGAACGGAAUGGAAGGCGCCGAUCAUGAUCGACCGCCGCCAAGCCCUUUGGAGGCCGUCGACCCCAACGUGAUAGCGUUGAUCUUGGAAGACUACAGACGGACAAAGGAGUACGUUCGGGAGCUCGAAUGGAGAGAAGCGAGGCGAAAGGUUCUCAAAAGACAUCUUUACAAAUGGUAUGGUCUGGCUAUCGUCGUCAUCACUAUCUCCGCGUUAUUGAGUGCCAAACACGACACCGUCGUCCGAUUUACGGAGCCUCUUACUCGACGGAUACGCAGCUGGCCCGCUGGAUGGCUGAUACCCAUUGCCAUGUUGGUCGUGGUCUCGUUUCCUCCCCUCAUGGGUCAUGAAAUUAUCGGAAUCUUAUGCGGUCUUGUGUGGGGCUUCGGAGAAGGCAGUGGCAUUCUCGUAGCAGGAACGUUCUUUGGCGAGGUAGCCACUUGGAUCGCGUUCAAGUGGUUUUGUACCGUUAGGGCGAAAAAAUUCGAAAAGAAGAACCGACUGUAUUGGAGUUUGACCCAAUUGAUUCGCGAGAAGAGCUUCAUGUUCGUCUUGAUCCUUCGAUUCAGUGCUGUACCAGGUCACAUCGUGACAGCCGUGUCCGCCUCGGCAGGAGCCAAUGUCUUCUCUUAUUGCGCGGCAGCCAUCUUGACUUUGCCGAAACAACUCACUAUCACUUACCUUGGAAGUGCAUUCGGUACCGAAGACAGGAGGAAUACGAUUAUCUCUGUCUGCGCGACUUUUGCUACCUUGCUCAUGACGGUCGUUGCUGCUGUCUACGUCUACUACCAGAUGCGUCUCUUGAUGCGCAGGCGGAAUCGCGAAGAAGCGAUGAAUCUCCCACAGACCGUCCAAGAUCUCAACGCCAUCACUUUAGAUAUGGAUAUGACGGAAGUUGGGGAUAUCGGCAGACGAAGAACGAUCCAUUGUCAUCGUGGAGAAUUCGGACACUUGGCAGAGAAGAUCGGUGUCUUUGAUUCGAGAGAUCUCCUUCACUCUCAGAAACCCUGGCUUUUCGCUGGAGAUGUCAAGGAUAGCAGACUGGGGAUGGGAGAUUGGACCACGUCAUCUUCAGGUGGUGGAUCCAUGUCUGGACGUGGACCCCAGCGAUCCAGGAGUCACCCUGGACCGUUGAACGCAGAGGAGCUGAAAGCAUUCAUGACUGAGCUAGAGUCAUACCGAUCCACGCCAGCGCCACCCAUGGUCAUCAUAGACGAUGCAGACGCGCAAAAUGGAUACUCAGACUACACAGUAUCUGGUCCCAGCCGCAAUCCGAAUCGCGCUCCCGACAUUGAUGGUUAUAUUCCACUGUCCACUGUGAGGAGUGCCGGUAGCAGCACAGACGGAACAUCGUUCGAUCGGGGUCAUCGAUCAUUGGAUCUUGAACGCCUACCGAUGGGCGGAAGGGAAAUUGCAGAUGACGCGGACGCCUACGCGAUCAUGCACGGUGCAAAGAGACCUACUGGUCGGGGCAGAGGAGAGAGCAGAGCCGCGUUACUUGGGAACCACAGUAUCGAAACGCCUCCUCUAAAUGCUGGGCCUGCUGGAAGCAGAUCGAUCUUUGAGGACGAAGAAUUCGAAGCGAGGGACGUUGUCAGUCAAGAUUUUGGCGGAAGUAUGGAGAUGAGAAGUCCGGGAUCGGCAAAGGGGAAAGAGAGGGAAUACGGAAGAUCCAGGGGAGAAUCUGGAGCAGCGUUGCUGGGCAGGCCAGAAUUGGAAGAGGCCAGUGUGGACGGUGAUAGCUUAAAGGGAAUCUGACCGUGCGUUACAUACUGUAUACUUUGGGUCAAAAUAUCGUUGUGUCGCUGUCAUCAUAUGUAUUGCGAACUGGUCUGGAAGCUGUUUUUGAAGAUGAAAAUCGCGGUUCGUGCCGUGACCGUAAUG